AUGUUAAGUAGAAAUUGUUUUUAUUUUAAUAGAUCUAUAAAAUCUAUUGAAAAUAUUUCUUCAAGAAGAUUAAUUAAAGUUAAUUUUAAAGAUGAACCAAAAUAUGGAAUGUAUCCAUAUGUUUGGCUUCGUGAUUCUUCACAUGAUUCUAAAACUUACACAAUAACACCAUCAAUGACAGCACGAAAUUUAACUAUGAAAACAUUUGAUGUUAAUGUUGUUCCUGAAAAAUUAUGGUAUGAUAAAAAUGAUAAUUCACUUAAAAUUAUUUGGCCUGGAAAUAUUGAAAGUAAAUAUAGUAGUGAAUGGUUAAAAAUGAGAAAUUUAAUAGAUGAUGAUGUUAAAAAAAGAAGAAGACAAAUAUAUCUUAAUAAUACUGAAACAUGGGACGCUGAAAAAAUGAAAAAUGGUUUAAAAAAAUUUAAUCAUUUUGAUUUUAUGGAAAAAGAUGAGAUAUUACAUGAUUUUUUAGAAGCAGUAUGUAUUGAUGGUAUAGCUGUUUUAAAAAAUGGUCCAAAAAAUGAUAAAGAUGCUGUUUCAAAAAUUGGACAACGUAUUGGAUUUAUACAAAGAACACAUUUUGGAAAUGUUUUUGAAGUAUCAAUUAAAAAUGAUGCAUCAAAUAUGGCAUAUGCAUCAGAGAGUGAAUUGCCAUUUCAUACAGAUUUUCCAUCAUUAUCAUUUCCUCCACAACUUCAAAUGCUUCAUAUGCUUAAUAAAAGUAAAGAAGGUGGUAAUAGUUUAUUUGUAGAUGGUUUUAAAGUAGCUGAAGUAUUGAAAAAUAUUGAUCCUGAAAGUUAUGAUAUUUUAACAAAAUAUGAUAUUGAAUUUAUUGAAGAAGGUUAUGAUAUUCAUGAAAUUGAUGGUAAAAAAGUAAAAUUUGACUAUAAUAUGAUGGCAAAACAUAGAACAAUUCAAUUAAAUGAUAAAAAAGAAGUUGUUAAAAUACAAUUUGGUAAUGCAAUGAGAAGUUAUUUUUAUGAUGUUGAUAAUAUAGAUAUGGUACAAAAAAUUUAUACAGCAUUAAAAAAAUUUACAGAUAUUUGUUAUGAUCCAAAUUAUGUCUUAAAAUUUUCUUUAGAAAAUGGUGAUACUGUGUUAUGGGCUAAUACUAGACUUCUUCAUACACGUACAGCAUUUAUUUCAUAUCCAAAUCAACCCAGAACAAUUAUUGGAUGCUAUUUUGAAUGGAAUUAUUUAAAGUCAAGAAUUCGUCAAAUAAGAAAUAAAUUAAAACAUGCAAAAAGUGAACUGGUAAUUUGA